CUUCAGUCAUUGAACAACUUGCAAUUUUUCUGAAAUUUUGCGAGUUUUAUUUAGGAAAUAAAUUAAAAUACCAAUAAAAAUCAUAAAAUAAACAUGUAUAACGGUCAACAAAUAUUCCAACAACAAUUCUGGGGUAAUGGACCAGCUCCCGGUCAAUUCUAUAACUUCACAGGAGGCUACAAUGCCAUGGUGAAUAAAGAACAAUGCAAGGAAUACACAGCACCCGGUCUCUUUGGAACACAACGCAGCUCUACUCCCAUUACCACUGGUACCUCUGUGGUGGGCAUUAAAUUCGAUGGUGGUGUCAUGAUUGCCGCCGAUAAUUUGGUGUCUUAUGGCUCUUUGGCCAGGUAUCAAGAUGUCCAACGUGUAUUUAAAAUAAAUGAAAAGACCAUUAUAGGUGCUGGUGGUGACUUUGCCGAUUUCCAAUCUCUCAAACGUAGUAUCGAUCAAAAGAUGGUGGAGGACAUGUGCCACGAAGAUAGUAUCGAUAUGAAACCGAAAUCCUUGUAUAACUGGUUGACUCGCGUAUUCUACAAUCGCCGCAGUCGUAUCAAUCCUUUGUGGUUGGAAAUAGUUGUAGGUGGCGUAGACAAUGAAGGUGUGCCCUUCUUGGGUCAUGUUGAUUUGCGUGGUCGUGCCUAUGAAGACGAUGUGGUGGCUACUGGUUUUGGCAAACAUUUAGCUUUACCUUUGGUGCGUGAACAAAUUGUCGAAGGUCAACUGUUGUCGCAAGAAAAAGCUUCUGAAGUAUUGCGUAAAUGUAUGGAAGUUAUGUAUUACCGUGACUGCCGCUCAAUGUCCAAAUACACGGUGGCUGUUUGCUCAAAAGAAGGCAGUGUUGUCCAAGGUCCAUUCAGUGUCACCGAAAACUGGCAAUUGGCCACUAUGGUUAAGGGUUAUUAAUUUUAUUAAAAUGUAAUUUGUGUGGAAAGCUUGGAUUUUUGUAAAAAACACUUCAAUCGAGUGUGAUUUUUUUGAAAUACAAUUUAAAAAUUAUAAAUUUUA